CUUUGGGGAAUUCGUGCACCAAGAUCCAGAUCUGCAUGUAAAAUCUAUACGAAGUCUCUGCCACUACAGUACCAGUGAAGGAGUUUUCAUUCAGACUUUCCGGAGAAGAAGAGGUGCUCGGAGCCAGAUGGGGCGUUCGUUCUGCUCUGCUCAGCAUGGACAAGAUCUCUCCUCAAGGAUUUUCUGACGUGCCCUGAGGUCUAUGUAACUACAAGGUAUCUUCUUUAUCACCAUAAGUGCCAUCCGGACCCCAAAACACUCAGAGCUCAAGAUUCGAGGCAACAUGGAUGCCGCAAUGACAGAUGAACUACAACAGGUUCUGCCUAUUCAACAGCUGCGCUCUACUCAUGCUAGCAAUGAUUAUGUGGAGCGGCCUCCUGCCCCCUGUAAGCAGGCCCUCUCCAGCCCUUCCUUUAUCGUGCAAACCCACAAAUCUGAUUGGUCCCUGGCUGCCAUGCCUACUGCUCUUCCCCGCAGCCUCAGCCAGUGCCAUCAGUUACAGCCCUUGCCUCAGCAUCUGAGCCAAUCUAGCAUUGCCAGCUCAAUGUCCCAUAGCACCACUGCCUCUGACCAAAGGCUCUUGGCCAGCAUGACACCUUCACCUUCUGGCCAGUCCAUCAUCCGAACCCAGCCCGGAGCAGGCCCCCCGCCAAAGGUUGAUGGUGCUCUGAAAAGAGAAGCUGAGCAAGCUGCCCUGCGCCCCAGCGAGCACCUCUUCAUCUGCGAGGAGUGUGGGCGCUGCAAGUGUGCCCCCUGCAUGGCGGCUCGCCCUCUCCCCUCCUGCUGGCUUUGCAACCAGCGUUGCCUUUGCUCUGCCGAGAGCCUUCUCGAUUAUGGCACCUGCCUCUGCUGUGUCAAGGGCCUCUUCUACCACUGCUCCACCGAUGACGAAGACAACUGCGCCGACGAGCCCUGCUCCUGCGGGCCCAGCUCCUGCCUAGUCCGCUGGGCAGCCAUGAGCCUCCUCUCCCUCGUUCUGCCCUGCCUGUGCUGCUACCUGCCGACCCAUGGAUGCCUCCAGCUGUGCCAGUGGGGCUACGAUAGCCUCAGGCGACCAGGCUGCCGCUGUACGAGGCACACCAACACCGUGUGCAGAAAAAUCUCUUCUGCUGGUAGUGCGCCCUUCCCCAAGGCCCAGGAAAAGUCUGUAUGACCUUCCUACAAGCUGGGUCCCGAGCGUCUCCUUUAGCCCCCAUCAGUAAAGGAUAGGCCUCACUUUCGAAGAGGGGGAGGAGUCAUCAACUAGCCAAAGUUAGGGCCUCACCUCUUUUGUUCCUGUCAGGGGAAGGACCUUGUUCUUUCUUGCAGUAUCUUAUCCCACUCCUCUCCAACCUUUGUACACCCUGCCAGCUCAGCCCUUAUGACUGUCAUGGCGAAUUCAGGAGAUCUAUAGGCAUGAGGUUUGGACACUGAGGACCCACAGAGCCAGCACCGUAGAGGUUAGGGGCUCCCCAAUGUGAUGCCUCUCGGUGCAGGCUCUGAGCACCACUCUGCUUUCCACAGUGCCUUUGUGGAACAGCGCUCAAUCUCCCAGGGAAUCGGACUCCACCUCCCUCUUUACUGCCCUCCUCUUACCCUCCCUCGCCUUCUCCCUUCCUCUUUUCCUUUCAUUGUCCUGUUCCGUAUUCCUCCCUCUCUUCAUCCCCGCCCUCUUUACACUUAGUCCUCCUCCUUUCUCUCCCUCCUUUCCCUCUCUCUCACACUUUUACUCUGCCUCGAUUACUAUUUAUUUGACCUAUUUCUAUUUCUUUCAGCCUGUUCUUCUUGCUCUCUAUAUUUCCAAAAGUGCUGUUUGGCCAUAGGUGUUUCUGUUGACUCCAAACUUUGCUAUGCUAGACUCUUUACUCAUUGUUCUGUAGGGGAAUGGAUUACUAUAAUGAACUGAUCACUAGCAAUAGUCUAGACCCUAAGGUGUGUGUGCUUCACAACCACACUUACCUGUUUGUGAUCAUAUGAGGCACAGCUAGCUUACAUUUCCAGGUUAAAUUAGUUGAAGUUUUACUCUCGUUCCCAGUAGCGGCUUGUAGUGCUGACAGUAGGAUAGUAAAUCAGGAUGCUCAUAACCCCGUAUGUCUGACCCAAGUGCCAAAGGCAGACGUGCUUUAUAGCUAAAUGAACAAGGCAAAGGAUACUGAGAGCUCUGUUCUCUCUUAAAAGCUAAAUUCCCUGAGACUGCAUGGCUCAGGCCUUAAUAAUGGACAUAAAAAGUCAUAAAACUUUAGAGCUGGAAGGAAUCUUCACUAUUAAUCUAGUGUAAUGCCCUUUUUACAGACGGGCAAACUGAGGUCUGGAGAGAGGAAAGUGACUCGUAGGCUUGGGAGUGGAGGACAGGUAUUUUGACCCUUAGUUCAGUGCUCUCUCCCUUGCACCACAUUGAGUCACAGGGCUUUUCCCCUGGGACUCUAGGAGCAAGGACAAAAAGCCAAUCCUAUGCCUCACUAUUAAUCUAGUGUAAUGCCCUUUUUACAGACGGGCAAACUGAGGUCUGGAGAGAGGAAAGUGACUCGUAGGCUUGGGAGUGGAGUGGAG